GUAGUAAUAAUCUGCGAUUAACUGUCUGUAAUGUAGGUGCUCUGAACCCUGUUACUGGAAAGUCCUGAGUAGGCCUAGUAAUAUUCUUGCUAAAUGCCCUCAUUAUCCAAAUGUCACUGACCCCGUUUCAGUGUUGCCUAAUGGGCGUUUUUUCCCACCGUGAUUGGGCAGGUUUGAAUAGCAAUUGGCUGGUUUUGGUAUAGGUACACCCACAGCUCUUUCUGUGGGAUUUUUUUGUGGUGCAAAGAGGAAACUUCGACAUGUACAACUGAAUCACAACACGUCACUCAUCAUCAGAACUCUGGAGCGUCUUGAGAAAUCCCAAUCCAGCAGCAUGGCAGACAUGUCAGUGGAUGAGAUCACAAGUAAAGCCAACCGUGUAACAGAUGAGUCAGCUGAUAGCUGUAGACGAAUUUUACAAAUGACAGAGGAGACUAUGAACGUCGGCGACAAAACAAUAACUAUGCUGGAUGAGCAGGAAGAAAAACUAAGGAAUGUGAAACAGGAAGUCGGCCAGAUCAAGCAGGACAUGAAACAGGCUCGAAAAAACCUGAAUGAACUGUCCAAAUGCUGCGGCCUGUGUCUGUGUCCAUGGAACAGAGUGAAGUCCUCCAAGAGUGACAGGAGAUAUAAGCAGGGCAAGGAACCAAAAGAAAGCAAGCGGAAUGUGGUCUCCAGCCAAAAGAGUGCCAUCCGCAAUGGGACAGAAGCCCCCUCUGGCCCUUACAUCAAUAGAAUAACAAAUGAUGAACGAGAAGAUGAGAUGGAAGAGAAUCUGAAGAUUGUGGGCAGCAACAUUUUGAUUAUGAAGAGCAUGGCACUGGGAAUAGGCGACAAGAUCAGCAAACAGAUCCAAACUAUCGACGAAAUCAAUAAUGAGGUUACAAAAAAUACACAUGAUGUUAUUGAGGCAGAAAAACAUGCCAGGAAACACCAUUAAGGGAAAUACUGAAAGGACC